CCACGACAUUUGAUCUCUCCAGAAGUCAUUCGAUCUGUUGAACAGGAAGAAAAGGAAGAAGCUCUGGGACAUCAACCUUUUUCUGCCUAUUCUUCUUUUUUAUCUAUGAAACAUAGUACUGAUCAAGUCGAUACUUUUAUUACUCCAUAUGAAAAGAGAUCAAUUCCAAAAAAGAAACGAUCCAACUCAACAACAACGACUAACAUUCCCAUCGUACGAGAACGGUUGAAACGGCCUCCCAAUGCUUAUCUUCUAUUCAAUCGUGAUAUGCGUCGAAAGUUACUGGCUCUUGAUCCAAAAAUGACAGUCUCUGAAAUCAGUAAAGAAAUUGGAGAUCGAUGGAAAUACUUGUCACCAAAUGAACGACAACAUUAUAUGGAAGCAGCUCAAUUAUUGAAACAAGAUCAUUUGAAAAAUCAUCCAGACUUUAUUUACACCAGACGUUCUAAAGCGGAAUUGGCAGAAGCGAAACGAUUGCGCGGGCGACAGCGAUCCGAAAGUGGACAGCGUGAUCCAAGAGGAAGAAAGAAAAAGCGACACAAGCAUCCAACAGCACCCAAGCACCCCAUGAGCGGCUUUCUAUUUUUUUUAGGUGCUGUACGACCUGAAGUAGCACAGCAAUUUCCAGGGUCAACCGUUGGUCCCAUCAGCAAAGAAAUCUCAUCAAGGUGGAAACGUAUGUCAACAAAGGAUCGUGAACCUUGGUUGUUAAAGGCAGAAAAGGACAAAGCUCGGUAUGCAGAAGAAAUGCAAAUCUACAUGAAA